AUGGCAAACCAGACUCUGCAGAGCAAGGACCAAAUCGGGUUUUCUCCUCAACCGGAGCAUCAGCAGCAUCAUCAACAUCAGCGGCAUCAGCAGCAUCAGCAGCCCCUAGCUACCACAUUGUCCCAGACAGCAGUGUUCACCAGCCAAUCUACAUCCGCAUCUUCCCAAACCAAUUCAUUACAAAACCUACAAUUAUACCCAGCUGGUACUCAAACAGAUGCUGAAAUACAGUCACAGACACAAACUCAGCAUGCAUCAGACCAGCAGAUUCACCUGCAAGGCCAUAGUGAACCGCAGGAAAUGUGUGGCAAGACUGCUACUGCCCAGUUCCUACAGAAUGUCAAUCUUGUCGCUGAAGCCGCUAAGCGGGCUCAGAUGGGCAUUUUGAUGCGCGAUUUUGAGGAAAUUUCAUUUGAUUAA